AUGAUUACGAAAAGUAUUGGGGUAUUUUAUGCUGAUGAAUGGGUUCAUAAAAGUGUGUAUGGUAGAUCCGUCGUAUUUUUCAGACAUCGAUCAAAGAAAAGUCUUAUGCUCAGGUCUCCAUACCUCGUGGGUUUUGGUUACUCACGUCCAGAAGAAGGGAAAACUUAUGCACACUAUCAACAAACAACUAAUAGCGAUGCUCUCUACCUUCAUCCUGACCGCCCUCAUAUGACUUUUACCAAAAUUCAUGAUAUAUAUGCUCUGGGAGUGGUUCUCCUCGAGAUUGCAACAUGGAGGAUCGCAAAAGAUCAUUUUGACUCUGCAGUAAAGGGUCUCGAUCUUGAUGUCACGACUAUUGAUAAAGAAGAGGUCAGUGAAAAUUUCAAGAGUAUUGCUAAGAAGAGUAUCCCUUAUCACAUGGGAACUACUUAUAUGGAACCAGUCGUUUCUUGCUUGGAUGAUGUGUACAAAGGCCAUACUGAUUCCCCGACAUUUUUGGAGGCAUUUCAAACCGAGAUUAUUGAUAAGUUGAAUGCGAAGCAAUUGUUGUCUCGCCAGAAUGAUAAUGAAUUUUCGGGGCUAGAGCUUUCGUAG